AUUUAAUGUGAUGUUAUGUUACACAUUGGUAAAAUAUAUCUUGAUUUUGUAAUAUAAAUGCUUUCUUCCAAUAUUAACAGGGUAAAUGGUUUUAAAAAAUGUUACCAUAUAAUUAUACGAAGAAAUUUUGGAUAUUUGACUGUUUCUCCUCGUUUUAUGGGCCAAUUAGUGACAAAUUCAAAAUUCCCAGAAAUUAAUGUAAAUAACAAUGUUUUACUGAAAGAUUCCAAUGAUUUUGCAAACUCAAAUUUUGAUGCCAGUUCACCGUCUGAAGUAGUAAAAUCCUAUCAACUUCUGAGAAGUAAAUUAAAAGGAUAUGAUGACUUGGAAUUCUUAGAAAGUUUGUCCAGGAAAACCUUGACAAAUAUAACAAAACUAAAUGCUGAGGAGUUGGUUGAUAUCACUGAAAUAUUAUCCUCUUUAAAGUACAGAAAUGUGUUUCUAAUGCAUGCCAUAACCGAGUCUCUAUACUGGAUGUGUAAACUUAGAAAAGUUAAAUUACAACAAAUUACAAAGUUUUUAAAGUUUUCCAUUCUACUCAAGUUCAUACCGAAUGUGAGAUAUUUGGAUGUGUUUUUUAAGGAAAUUGAUAGUAUUAAACAUAAAAAAACUGUCGGAGAUUACUUAAGAUUAUUACAAUUUCUGGUUGAUAGUGAUUUAUGGGUCUAUGAAAGAUAUAUAAGGUUAUAUUUGAAGCUUUACGAACACUGUAUUAAUAAUUUGGGCUUUAUGCCACACAGUAAUUUAUCUUCCUUUUCUCAAAUUUUAAUCACAAUUGACGAUUCCAAUGCGGAAUUGUUUGAGAGAAUUUGUGUUAAUUUUGAAAGAGAAUUGGAGAAAUCCGAAGUAAAACACUUGAGAAUGUUGUGUAAUUCUUUGAUAAAAUCCAAGAUUAACCAACUCCCAAUACCAUUUAAUAGAGCUAUGAAAUAUUACUUAAACUUUCGUAAAGACGAGUUCACAUCAAAUUUGUCCGUUGAUACUCUAAAUUUGUAUGUGAAGUACUAUUAUCGUGACACUGAAAUAUUGAAUAAACUUGGGAAUAUUAUUGCUGAAAAUUUAUCUAACUAUACAUCAUCACAGUUAUCAAUCCUGUUAAACGGAUUUUCAACAUUUUCUUACAAGCAUAAGAAAUUAAUUAGAGGAAUAACUCAGUGUAUAACAGGAUCUGAAAUAGGCAACCCAAUUGUUAAUCUCAGGCUAAUUUCUUCUCUAUCUAAUCUCAUUUCAAAGACUAAAUUUCAUCACAUCGGUUCUAUCAACUCCAUUAAUCGUCUUUCAACACUUCUUACCACUAAUAAUACUUUUGAUACAAUUGAUGCUGGUAAUAAGGGUAGUAGUGGGAAUGGUGUGGUUGGUGUGAAAUCGGGAUUAAAGAGGAUAAUAACAACCAGUGAUGUGAUAAAAUUGAUCCCAAUUCCAGUACAAAAUUCAGACAACUCGACUGGGAAACAUAAAUCAAUCCUUAGAAAAUUAUCACACAAUGCUUCUAUACGAUAUAAAUUAGUUGAUAAGGUGGAACCAAGUGAAGUAAAAGGAAGACUGAAAUAUAUCCCUGAAUCAACUGAUAUAAUAAAAGUUCAAACUCUUUCAGAGUGUUUAGGACAAUUUUACGAGAAAUUUUUUAACGGUCUUCAUCCCGCAAGUGGGAGAUUAACCAGGAGAAAAUUGAUGUUUCACCAACUAAAUAGUAGUAAUAGUGGUGGUAAUAAUGGUAGUAAUAAGUUUGAGGUAAACAAGAGCUUAAGUAAAGUGUAUAAUGAGAAAAGAUAUAGUAAUAAUUACAACACUUCAAUUAAAAGGGUCAAAUAUAAGAUGAGAUAUUCAGGUUCAAGAUUUGUACAGCCAACCACUUACUAUAUAAAUGAAGUUAAGAUAUUAAAACGGUUAUUUUUAGCUCAAUUAACGCUAAAAUUACUCAAUUCCAAUCUUAAAAAUCAAGAUUCUGGAUUAUUUAAUGGUGUAAUAGGUAGUGUGAAUGAUAAGUAUUAUGUUGAUACUGGUGUGAUAAAUAAUAUACAAUGUAGUAAGUUAAAGUAUAAAACCAAGUCUAAACCGUGGAAAGAAUUAAGCUUAUUUAAGCCUGUAGAAGGUGUUAUUGACUACUUAACUAAGAAUAAUAAGUGGAUAUCUGAUGAAAAAUCUAGCAUUCCUAUCUUGAAAAGGGUUCAAAAAAGUGAAUUGGAGUAUCUAACGUCAAUAAUUUCAUCACUAAGCAGAAUUAACUUUAUUUCGUUUCCACUUACAAAUUCACUUUUACAAAAUAUCAAUAAAUUCUCUUUUAAAAUUUGCAUUAAUGAUGAGUCUGAUAAUUGCCGUUUAAGGUUCUUAAAUUCUUUUAACACACUUUUAACGUCAGUCAAACCCAUUCUGCUAACUGAUCGUUCAUCAACUAUAUUCAACUCCAUCAUACAAUUUCUCAAGAGUGAAGAAUUUGAAGGAAGAAUUAACGAGUAUUUAAGAGGUAAAAACGUUCAAAAAAACACUUUAAACAAGUUAUUACGCAAUUUAUCCUUCGUUACUAUUGUAAAACACAUGGAACAUUCUAAGGGAUUAGAGGAGUUUAAAAUGAACAGUUUGGAAAAUAUAUUAAUCAUUAUGUAUAAAAUAAUGAAAGCACAUAACACUGUUGGGGAUAUUAAAUGUACUACUGUUGAUAAAGGUGAUAAUUUGGAUUGGUUGAAUAAUUUAUCAUAUGCAUUUUGGCUACUUAACAGUGUGGAAAAUAGUGUAAUGAAUAAUAUGUGUGAAGAAGUUGGUAAAAUAAUGGAUAACGAAAUUGGUAAAAUAAUCGAAGAACUAAGAAUACAAAACUGUGAAACGAGUUUUAUCAAAUACUACUUGAACAUUAUCAAUAAUUACCAAAUAUUAUUAAAUAAUAGUAAUUUAAGUGCUUGUAUGGAGGAGUUGAUGGAAAAAUACAGGGUAAAUGAGAAAAUGAUAAAUAACACCUCAUUCAGCGGAUUUAAAUUAAAAAAUAACUCAACUUUUUUCCAGAAAAUAAUGGAAAUUAAUGAGAUAAAUCCUAUUCCCUUUCAUGGUGAUACCCAACUCCAUAAUUUUUUCUAUUAUUACUGUGAUUAG